GCCGCGCACGCCAGACCGCUCGCGGAUGCUGCGGCGCACGCACCUGUCGCGCUGCCCGCGCCCGCCGCGAUACAUCGCACCAGUGAAAUGAUUAACAGUGAAUGUUCAGUGACAGUGACUGCAAAUAGAUAGAGUAAUUGCGUCUACGCUCCCCGACCUAUCCCUAAGCGGGGCGAUGUUAAGUGCGACCGUGGCGGCGCUCGCGUGCCUCUGCCUGGCGCGAACCUCGCCGGCCGAACCGCACACUCUACGUGCAUACACUGUCAACUCCUACGUCAAUAAGGAUAUUGCUAACAUCUUAGCCAGCAUUGACGAGAGAUUGCGAGUUAUAGAGACCGUUAGCACGGUGCAAGCGAAGCAAGCACGUCGCCUAGACGUCAUACAGAACAAAUUAGAUCGUAUAGAAACCACACUAUCUCUAAAGCUAGAAAGAGCUCAAUUGGUUGCUGAAAAGUUAGAGCAUAGACUUCACAAGUUGGAAACAACAGUUCAAACAACAAUUAAGGAGAGCAGCCACCACAUAGAAAAAAGUCAAACUAAAAUAGCUGAAAUCGCUCAGAACUUAACGAGUCACUUAAGCACCCAUACACACCUAUUGGAGAAGGUUAGCGGUUCCUAUACGGACACUUGGCGACGAGGUCUCUUGCUCGAGUCGAUGGUUCGAGACGGCAUGACCCUGAUAAACGUGACUCGGCGAGAGCUCGCCGACGGCCUGCGAGCCCUGGCCAGGCGGCAGAGGGACGCCAGGCUCACCCCAGCGGACCUGGAGGUGGCCUUCUCCAAGAGAAUACACGAGAACAAUUUCAAAAUUGACUUGAAGAUGCAAGAAGUGUUGGACGCUCAGAAGCGUUUCAUCGACUCAUGCCAAAGAGUUCAGCUGGACGACCCUACUCACGUCGCCGAUGUGCUGGGCAAGCUGAUUGAUUCACUUAUUAAUAAGACUGCUUCAACAUUCCAUGAAUUACAAAAAAUCCAACUCACAAUGAGAAAUCACGACACGAAAGUUAUAAAACUACUCAACACCCGGCCAGCACAGAACGACGUAACAUGUAAGCGGAUAGAGAACAUGUUUAGAAACACAACACCGUCAACCUCCAGCGGGAAGGAGUUGCAGCAACUGACCGAGAAGUUCAUAGACUUGACCAACAGAGCUGACUCCGUUCUGCAGAAGCUGGAAUCCCGAGUUAGCGACGACGGAAACGGACCGGCGGAACCAUCCGAAGUGACAGCAGCAGCUGAUAGGUUGCUCAAUAAGCUAAACGGGAUUAGAAGCGAGAAGAGCUCGGAAGAAGAUGACUUUUGGGAUGAAGACCUGGAGGCCACUGGAUUGGACAGUAUGAACGAUCUCAUCGAAGAGGAGGAGUAUAAAAGCAUGAUGAGGGAGAGGAACAAGAUAACCACGACAGAGAGCGCACCCACACGACCGCACCGGAGACAUCUGCACAAACACCCAUACGACCGGGGACCUACUUGGAAAGAGUACACGGGCAAAUAAACUAUUGUUUGUACUUAUUAUAAAAAUAAAGUCAUUU